UAUCGUACCCGCUUCCUAUCAUACGACGCAAGGUUAUCUUUCCGCGGCUGCACUGGAGUAACCUCUCGCUGAUAAGUCAACCAAGGACCAUCCCCCGGUCCAUCGACUUUCUUGCUGCCAGACGCACCUUCAGAAUGGCAGCCCCUGGACUCAGCGCGAAUGACUUCAGCGUCUUGUCGGCACUGUUCGACCCAGAAUCCUCACUAUCAAGCACUGUACAAGUCGACAACAGCAAGCGUGACGACCAAACACACAGCAAUCUGAGAAGGCUCCGGGAACAGGAACGACUUGCACUGCGAUCAGUUAAUCAGGAACAGCCCCAACAGACCGACGUUGAGCACUCUAUAUCUCAGUUGACGGAAAUCAUCACAAAUGCACCCUCAUAUGCCUCUGCGUGGAACAACAGGGCGCAAGCACGACGAAUGCUCGUGAAGGACGAAGACCUUCCCAGGAGCCCAGACAUUGUGGCUCAGAUCUUUCAAGACCUUGCUCAGGCUAUCUCACUUUCGACUCCAACUGGACCCAACACAACCCUUUCUGGCUUUGAUGCAAAGGUUCUUGCAUCAGCACAUACGCACCGGGGUUAUCUCCUGCUUCUGGCAAGCAAGUCCGAAGACAAUCAAAAGAUGCUAGCGGCGGUGCCACAUCUCAAUGCCCUAUCGACCGAGGAGCUCGAGGAGGCGGCAAGCCGGGAGCUUGGGAUCGGAGGCCGUUAUGGAAAUGAAACCGCACGGCAGCUAGCGGUGAAGACCAACCCGUAUGCAAAGUUGUGUGGAUCAAUAGUGAGGGAGGCGUUGACGAAGGAAAUAUCGGACUUUUACCAACCUCACAUAGCCUUGUAGGGCAGUAAUGCAUCAGAGUCUAGGCAGCGCAUAUGCAAAGCAUGCU